GCGCAUCAUAACGUCGUAACGCCACGCACGUUCGAAAGAAAAGCCCAACUCUUCCCAUCACCGGCUGAAAUCAAAAUAGACGGGGCAUCGCGAUCCUCAUCCAGAAUAGUUGUGAACCAACUCCCUCUCACCGCAGGACCAUCAUCUGCUCAUGCCCGUCAUCAUACAUAAUCUGGGUUAUACUAGUAGUAGCUCCUCCCACCUUCACUGUAAACAGCAGUAUCAUAUGCCCCCCCAAUGUUGUGUGUGUGUGUGUGUGUGUGUGUGUGCUGUUCCUACCGCGGCUCAGCAAAAGCAAAGCCUCUCUCUGGCCGAUAUCCGUUUAGACUAUGCAGCAUGUACUACAUCAGCCCUCAAGGGCAGCAUUGCCUAAAUCCAAUUCUGGCCUUCUCCUCUGCAUAUCACCACCCGAAAAGGCAUUUCUCCUCCCCAACCCAAAGGACGGGAGAUAUACAUAGUCAUCAUACCCCAUUUCUAGCCGUAGAACCCAGGUAUCUUGACAAUCAGCGCAUCUGCAAACAGCAGCAUCUGCCGUUCCAUAAACAGAGUAUAAAACGCCAUUGUCGAUCCUUUACAAAUCUGGUCCCGUCUUUCUUUCUUUUUUCCCCUCUCUUCACUCCUCCUCGUCACGUUCAAAAAGAGCAGCGUCCUCGUGGCACCGUCCAACCGCCGUAUCUCGAUAUCACCACACCUUCUUUCAAACACACUUGCAGGUACUAUAAAGAAGACAAAAACAAAAUUCGCUAUACCCACCACACCCAAAGUUCCUAGUAUUAUCAAAAACGGAAGAGGCGAUCAACGGGUUUCCGGAAAAGAAAUCCGCCACCCUCGCUUCGCUUCAGCCGCCAGAUAACCCCAUGCCGCCCCCAAAAACGGACCUCUUUUCUUGUCCAAUAUCCCAUCCAUACAACCCAUUUGCUAUUCCCAUCACCCUUGCAUAUAAUCUCCAAUUUUUUGGCUUGGCGGAAUGUAGCCAAGUAACAACUUUCUCAAACCCCACAAAG